UUGGCAACCACCGUACGCCACGCGCCGCCGCUCCGCGCUUCCGAUAUCAGUCAGUUCAGUUGUUCAGUUUGUGUUGGUGGUUUACUCUGACUUUAUAGGUUAUGUGUGACAGUUUAUGAGUGUAUUGUUUUCUGAAAUACUUUUAAUUGAAGAUAAGACAGAAAAUAUUAACGAUGAGUGAUGGGCGGAAACGAUUGAGUGGUUCUGGCUACCGAAAAGAAGCUCAGAAAAAACUGGAAAAACAAAGAGAAGUAGUAGAAAAAACCGCAAAGAUAUCAAAUUUUUUUAAGAAAAGCAACUCUCAAGAUGAAAACUUAAAAUGUACUCCUACCGACGACAAUGUCACUCCGUGCGGUAGUGGUAGGCCUAAUUAUGGUCAGACUCACGUAAAAGAAGGUGAUGAUGCUCUUAAUGACGCUGAAGCAUCGAUUAAGGAACCAGAGCGUCCAUCCUCAUCACGGUCUUCAAAUGAAGAUAAGGUGAUACCGUAUCCUUUGGAUGUUAAAAUUGUGGAUGACCCAGCUUUGUGGGAGAUAAAUGACCAUACUCGUGAAUAUGUGGUUACGAGAGGAAUCAACCAAAACAUAGAUGAAAUGGAUUUAUCACGGUCAAAAAGAUUAAUUGGAGGGCAAAAUCGAUAUUUAUCUAAGUCCCUUCUGAAAACAAAGCUGAUAAACGGCAAAGAGAUGAAAAGAUCCUACUUGAUGUAUUCCGAGAUCAGUGGCAAAUUGUAUUGUGUUCCCUGCCAAUUAUUUGGUGGCACAACAAAACUUGCGAAAGAAGGUUGUGAUGACUGGAAGCAUGGCAAUGACAUUUUGAAAUCGCAUGAAAAUUCCUCUGACCACAAAACAUGUGUAUUGGCAAUGAAAACCAGGAUGUCAUCAAAGGGAAUACAAUCACUGCUCACCAGUCAAAUUGAAGACGAGCAAAACUACUAGCGCAAUGUACUGAAGAGAGUGGUUGCAGUAGUUAAAUCCCUAGCAGCUGCAGGUCUUCCUUUAAGAGGGCACGAUGAGAAAUUCGGGUAAUUGUCAAACAGUGGCAAUUUCAUCUUGUGUCUAGAAUUGAUUGCCGAAUUUGACCCAUUCAUAGCUGAGCACAUCGCUAAAUAUGGAAAUCCCGGACAGGGUCAUACUUCAUAUUUAUCCUCGACUACUUAUGAAGAGUUUGUAAAACUAAUGGCCCAUAAAGUCGUGAAAGAAAUAGUAGAAGAAGUUAAAGUAGCGAAAUAUUUUUCUAUUAUUGUAGAUUCUAGCCCAGAUAUUACGCAUACAGACCAACUCGCAAUAGUCCUUCGGUAUGUGUUACCUAACGGAAAGUCCGUUGAAAGAUUUCUUUGUUUUCUUCCAUCAGUUGGCCACAGAUCAGAAGCUCUGUUUGAUGCAGUUAUUAAAGUUCUGGCCGAAAAUGAAAUUGAUAUUGAAAACUGUAGGGGUCAGUCAUUCGAUAAUGCAUCGAAUAUGUCCGGUAUGUAUACUGGCUUACAAGCCAGGAUUCGUGAGGUUAGCCCUUCUGCCAUGUAUACUCCAUGCUCUGCACACUCUCUUAAUUUAGUUGGAGACAACGCUGCCAGCUGUUGUACAGAAAGUACUAAUUUCUUCUUACUUCUUCAAAACCUUUACGUUUUUUUCACAAGCUCUACCAAGCGAUGGGAAAUAUUGAAAGAAUUAUUGAUGAAAAAAGAGAAUGUUAGUUUAAAGAAAUUAUCAGACACUCGUUGGUCCGCACGUGAUGAUGCUUGUCAAAGCAUUAACAGAGACUGGAAUGAAGUAAUUGAGGCACUCACCGUCAUAUCAAAUGAUGAGAAUGAGAAACCUAAAACAAGAUGUGAAGCUUCUGGAUACCUUCAGCAAAUACAACGGCUAGAAACAGCGAUUCUCUCUAUUUUGUGGGGAGGCUCGUUAUCUAGGUUCAACCUGACAAGUAAAAAGCUACAGUCAACAUACGUCGACCUAUCAACUGUCGCAAAACUCUAUGAGUCAUUAAUAGAAUAUGUUAACAGUAUUCGAGAUGAGUUUGAAAUCUAUGAAAAUGGAGCCCUUGAGAAGGCUGGUAUUGCUGAGUACGAAGACCAGACCAGAAGAAAAAAGAAACGAAAGCUUUUAGCGGGCGAAACCAGAGAUAAUGAAACUGAGCUCAGUGGUGGAAUUGCAUUUAAAACCAACACUUAUCUCGUCAUCGUUGACAGGCUCAUAUCCGAAUUGACCAGAAGAAAGGAAGUGUACAGUUUGCUUAGCGCAAGAUUUGAUUUUUUAAUCAGUGGAGCAACUAUGAACAGUAAUGACAUAAAAGAUAAUGCAGCGAGGUUGAGCAAAGAAUAUCCUAAUGAUUUGCCAGAUGCGGAAGAAUUCGGCAAUGAAUGUCUACAUUUCUUUGGAUUCAUUAAAACCAUCGACAAAGAAGAUCGCCCAAAGACACUCCCCACUUUUUGCGAGCUCCUUUAUGAUAACGAUCUGCAAGAUUUGUAUCCAUACGUUGACAUUGCCCUAAGGAUAUUUUCUACAAUGCCAGUAUCUAACUGCUCGGCUGAAAGAUCUUUUUCCGUACUCCGUAGGAUAAAGAACAACUUGAGGUCAACAAUGUCACAUGAUCGUUUGAAUUGGUCGGCAGUUUUGUCAAUCGAAUCCGAUAUGACAAAAAAAAAAUAAAUUAUGAUGACAUCAUCGAUUUCGUCCAUGCAACGUUGUGCAAAAUAAGGAGUUACUUUUAUAAUGUGAUGUUUAGGGGAAAUUGUUACAGUAUUCGGUUAGGUCGUAUCUGGUAGGAAUAUAUGUAUCUCUUUUGUAUACUAUUUGAAAUGAAUAUUUGUUUUUUUUGAUACGAUUUAAUGCUUAGCAAAUAGGCAACUUUUUUAUUGACGUAUUUGGUAGGAAAAUUAGGAAAACACGUCUCUUUUAUUUGUUAGGCUGACUUUUUGAUGUAUGACCUUGUAAUGAAUGUGAGUUUUAUUUAAUACACUAUAAGAAUUACAACUCAAUUAAUUAUCGUCCAGAAUUUCAUUUUCUCCCGUUUCCUUUUUAGUAUUUUAAUUUUUAAUUUAAUACGUGCAAAUUACAAAAUAAUAAAUUUUAGAUGACCUUAAUUCUAAUCUAAGUACGCCUACAGUAUUAUUAAAAUCCUAGGCAAGUAAUUGUAUUGAAAUUCCUAAAUACAUCUUCUUAAAUCUAUUGAUUAAAUCCAACAGGAAUUUUUCGAUUAAUUCAUGAUCUUUUUAAUAAUUUGCCAGUUGAUAAAAAUGUUGGAACAUAAGUUAUCAUACUUUAUGGUAAAAACAAUAACUGCAACUAUAAGAAGCGUAACUUCAAUGUUGACAGUUCAACCUAUGUUAUUUGAGCUUAUUACAAGCUUAGCGUGGCCGCCUCGCCGCCGACGCAACGUCGCGUCGGCCCAUCACGGUACCGAGGUAAUCCUACAUGGUUCCCGGGAGGGGGUGGGGGGGCGGCAAUUUGUAGAUAGCCCAGGGGCGGCAAAUCUUCAAAUCCGCCUCUGUGAAAGUGGUCUAUAAAAAACCAGGAAGGAAACGCAUAGCCUUGUGGCUAUGAAAGGCAAAAGAAAGAUAUAAAAAGUAUAUUGGCUAAUUGGAAGAAACUCUGCAUUGUCGAUGCCUAAUAAGUUAUUACUUUAUAAACAAAAAUAUAGGGACCGCAGACGUUCGGAUACAAGUAGCGUCUCUUUGCAAAGACAAUGACGUCGACUUUGCAAAGUAACAAGACACUUACUCAACACACACUUCACAUUACAACUGAGUUAGUGAGCAGUUAUACAAUUACGUGGCUAAGGGUUCUAGUUCUAAACAAAGGCCAGAAUCAGAGAGAAAAAAAACAAAAAUAUUAAGACCUAUAUGGAUGCCCACUAUGGGGGUGUAGGUACUAGACCAAGUAAUAUAACAAUUAUAGAAAGAUUCCAGAACAAAAUACUGAGAAAUAUUGUUCAUGAGUACGAGAAUAUUGAGGAAAUUCAGCUCCUCGAUACUACUGAACUUUUGAACUAGCUUGAGUGAUAGGUGAUAGUAAAAAGCAGAGCAUAGUGCUUGUGUGCCUGUCUAUGUUAGAUUAGAUAAGAGACGCUAUGGGGUAAGCUCUUCAUUUUAAGGAACAGUAGUAAUUUAGGUUAAAUUAAAAUUUGGUCAGUUAUGACCAGAUUGUAAUUGUAAUAUACAAUUCAAUACAAUAAAUCAUCAUCGUAGUGAUGAUUAUGGAAAAAAUAUAUGACAAGAUUUUGUGCAAUAAAAAUGUUUAUAUUUAUCAAGGAUGUAUUAUUUGGUAUGGCCACAUAGACUUCUGGUAUAUCGUCGGUGAUGUGACAAUACCUCCCUAUCUGCUUUUUCAUGAAUUGUGUAGGAGACCAAAAAACAUUUUUAGGGUCAUCUCCUGUUUUCACAUGUAAAUUUUGACAUGUUUUGUUGUAAAUAGAUAGUUGAAUUUACUACAAAACAUGUCAAAAAAUAUCAUAUAAAAACAGGAGAUGACUGAAAAAAAUUUUUAGUCUCUCUUAAAAAACUCAUGAAAAAACAAA